ACCUGUACACUACCUGCAUAAUGUUUUCAUUCGGUCCGUUUAAUUUACUCGGUUUGUUGCCCAAGGCCAAAUAACGGAGUUUUUGUGCAGCAAUAACCUUAACACCAACUAAAAGUGCAAAUAUUUUUUUUCAGUUUUCUUAGGAAUAUUGUGCUUAAAGUAAAGAAUCUACACCAUCACUAGCACAAAGAUAACCUCCUAGCCUAACUUCAUCUUGACCAUUUAUUUAUCACUGUGACCCUAAUUAAGUUAUGUGGUGGUAAUAGUGAGUGACCAAUUAUGUCUUCAUCAGGUAAUUUUGGUAGGUUUCUUGGCACUAUUAAUGGUCAACCCAUUAUUCUGAAGGACGAUAUGAGUAUGAAUUCUAUAUCUGGGUUUGGCUCUGAUAUUUUACAUCAGGCUAUUGAUGAUGUACCUUCACCUGAUAACUUGACAUCAGACCACAUAAGCUGCAUUAGUAACAUUGUUUUGGACCCUGAUCAAAAUGUAAACGUAUUAAGUACCAAUGAUGCUGGAAGAAAUGAGUUCAUCGCUGUGUUGUCUAACGAUGGAAUUUCAGAUGAAACCUCAACUAUAAGCCUUACUUAUGAACAAGCCGCACAACUGGGAAUUCAUAUCACUGUGGAUACACCUGAGCCAAGUCUCAUGGCAGACAGUGUAACUAAAGAAAUUAUUGACUGCUCCACGGAUCAAAGUCAGUUCAGGAGUGACAAUAAUGACGAAAGUUUGCAGCCAAAUGAUACAAGCUGUAUGAAUUCAGAGGUUGCAAGUAAUUUAACAGAAGAUGUCUUGCUUGACAAAAAUGGUGAAAAUUCAUUUCUAGAAAAUUUUAAUCCUGAUGCUUCUCACAACCAACAACUUACACUUAUACCUCAUAUCAUCAAUGGGACCGUUACAUAUACACUACAGUUAACUGAUGAAAAUCUCACUGGUCUGAGUAACAAUGAAUUAUUUAGGCUUAAUGCGCCUCCUGUUGUCAACGAAACUUCUGAAAGUGUUGAGAGCGAUUUAAAUAAUCUUGCGUCAACAUCUGAGCUACCCUUUAUUAACUCCCCAGUAGAUUUAAUUAAUAGUAAAGGGUUAAUACAGUCCAAUGAAGUAAACGAGUCCAACAAUCCUGGACAGACAUUUGGAAUUGUGACUUGCAAUUCAGAAAAUGUUACGUUUCUUAAUCUUGCUGAGGCUAUUCCUGUAGGUACAAACAUUUCCAACAUAGUUUCACAUAUUAAUAACAUUUCUAAUCAAAAUGGUACGCAGCAAAUAAAGGCGACUUCUUUAUUACAUAGGUCAAAUGAAGCGUUUAAACAACAUUCUGUCAAUCAGGGAGGAGAGUCAUUACUUAAGAUUCGACAGUCUUCAUUACUCAAAAAUGGUGUAAAUAAUAAUUCACAGUCAUCAAAGGGCUCUACUAGUGGUAGAAUUGUUGACAAAGUAGGCCUAGUGUUCAAUAACCAACUAACUGCAAGUAAACUUAUACCCAAGUCUAUCAUCAAUGACAAUUCAAAUAGCAGUUCAGAUGUAUUUAUGCACCCAAAUGAAAGAAAUAAUUGUCUGGGAUCUGUGAACACUUUGAUUUCAAAUGAUUUACCAAAUGGACUUACCAGUGAAGCUACGAUGAAUAUGCCAAAAGGCGAUGCUUCUCCUCUUGAUGCAUUCAGAAAUGGAGAUCUCCAGCAAUCUCCAAAGAUUAUAACCUCAAGUAGCAUUGGAGGAGAGGUACCAAAAGAAGUAUCAGUUGCUCUUAGCCGCAUUCACAUCAAAACAGAUGCCAAAAAACCAUUAGGAUCCAAUGAAAAUCCUAUCCAGCUGGUGCAACAGGGAACCACUUUCCACAGUGUGCAAGCUUUGACCGAUGAUCACAUCUCAAAAAUCAAACCAAUCCUUACUGGAAAUUUUGACUCCAAAAUACCUAGCAAAAAUGUAGUCUACGACCCAGCUAGUAACACUCGUAUUAUUUACAGAAUAAUCAGUCCUGCUGAAGUCUCACUUCGAAAACAAGAUGAUUUCCCAAAGAGACGUGGAAGGCCAAAGAAAAAUCGUACAGAUAAUCUAUCCGAGGACCUGGUAGAUGGGGCUCCACAGCCAAAAAAGGCAUUCCCACGAACGCGCUCUGGUCGGUUGUCGCGGCCACCAAAGCACAUGGUAAGAGAUUAUAAGCACUUGCGCCGGGCAGAGAUAGACGACUCUGAUGGUGCUUACUCAGACUACCAGAGUGAACAAGAAGACCCAAACAACCCACCCGAGUCCGCACCAGUGGAACUGUUACCUGGUCUAGUUGCCAAAAGCCACAAACGUAACAUAUCCGCAGGUAAUUUGUGUCCGACUUGUGGAAAGAUUUACUUAGGUUAUGUGAGGAUGAAGAGACAUUUUGACAAGUAUCCUGAUCACGGGAGCAUCGAGUACCUGAACACAAUACGGAAUUCAAACCCAGACUCUGAAGGUGAAAAUCGAGCCGAUGGUGGUAAUGGGAUGUGGAAGAAAACUGGGAAAAGAAGAGGAAAAGGAAAAUAUCACUACUCAUCUGUUGACAAACGCACAAGGCUUAAAGAGGCGCUGGGCUGGUGCAGUGAAGAGGAGGUAGCUGAGGUGGCCGGUCCCGCAGUAGCCAGUGUGUUGUCGUUGUGGCAGUUCUUGUUGCUGCGUGUGGAUGCUGUGAGGACAGACUGUAGGGUGGCAACACUGUACAGCGAAAUGUGUCAAUUGGUACACAAACUACGGACAAUGGCACAUCAGCUGUUUAGACCCCUUGAUCAUCCUACACCGCCUGCCACCAAGCCUGCUACUGUACAGGUAGAGGAUGAUAUAAUGAUGGGAAUAUUGAAUCUUCCUCAUGGCGUUUACCUAGCGUCAGAUGAAGAUUUGACAGAACCGUCUGCUGCAACUCAAGACAUCACAGUUCCUCCCAUUGAGCCUCAGGUUGCUCAAGAGAAACCAGAAACCAAUGAAGAGAAGCCUAAAACUGAUAUGGACGACAUGCCUCAGUCAUUUCUGCUCACGAGCGAAGAGAUGAUUUGUGAUUCAGAUGACAGAGGGUUGGUGAAUGUGGACGAGAUUGUGAGUGAACGAUUACAGAACUUUGGCAGUCAGGCAUCGUCUGUGGACGAACUGAUGAAAGGGCUGAACGAGCUGGAACACAAUCGAAACAAGCUAGAAACUGACGACUUGAUGGACGGUUUCUCAAUAGUGUCGGGAAGAACUCAUGUUUCCGCUUCCACCGAGGAUCUCAUGAAGAGUUUAGAACAUUUUGACUCCGGCUUGAACCACUCGGACGCGCCGACAGUGUUGGACAGAGAUACAUUCGAUCGAGUGCCUAACGUCGACACGCUGGACUUUGCAGAGGUGCUUAGUAGAGAGUUCCAUUCCAACAACAGGUAAUGUGUACCCAACCAUUAGUAUGCAAUGUAUUUUUUACAUUAACUGACUGUAUUUGUAUUUAUUUUCACAAAGUGUAGAACCCUUUUCCAACGUCAUUGCAAGUGAAAAAGCUUUCUUCGUAGGCAGGCUUACUUUGUAUUGGUUUGCUCUAGCAAUACCCUCAACAGAUUUUCUGUGAUAAUUGUAUUUAAAUUGGAAUUACCGUAUUUAGUUAUCGGAUUCAUAAAAUCUGUUGUAGUUGUACUUGUAUUCGGACAUUCCAAACUAUACAUUUUUUUAAAUAAUUAGUAUCUUUUUCAGUGGUGGUUGAAAAGCUUGAAUUUACAUAUUUCUCGACUAGCCUAUUAUAAUUCUGACUUAAUUUUCAAGUGUUAAAAUUCGUCAAAUACUUUAAGUAGCUAUUGCUUGUGUUAAAGAUCCAAAAUGUUUUAUUUUCACAUAACAUUCGAUUCACACCAUUUUACAAAUUACAGUAGUUGGUAUUUCUAAGAGAACAGUCAAAAAAUGUCAAUUUAAAAACUAAUCUACCUUAUCCUAAAACUAUUUAAAAACUAUACUAUGAAGAACAAAGGUUGUUAACAGUCAAAACAUCUUUCACAUCAUAAUAUUCUUUUUGAAUCAGCCAAUUUUAAGAAUAUUUGUAAACUUACCCAUAUAUGAGGUGUAUUUCAAAUAGUGUAGAGACCUAAAAGUAGUUAGGGUAAACAAAUAAAAUAAUAAAGGAAAUAUAUGAGCACUCUCUUUGACCAAACCUUAAUUUUUAUGAGUUUAGCGGGAUGUUUAGUAAAUUGUUUAGUAACUGAUUCUGCAACUUUUUAUUAUCCUUAUUCAAUACUUUUUAACAUCCUUAUUCAAUCAUGAGUGCUAAAAUAACGCUCAGCAGUAAUGGGAACCCCAUCAUCGUCCCCUGCGGUCAUGGAAACGUUAUCAACAUAUUCUGCUAUCAUUGUAAAAUAUUCAGGGCUGUGCGAAUAGUUCGAAAAACGAAUCGAAUCCGAAUCUUUUUAGAGAUUCGAUUCGGAUUCGAGAACGAAUCUACUGUUUCUAACUGGAUUCGGAUUCGGAAUCGAUAUUCGAAUUUACUGGUAAGAGAUCCGGGUUCGGAUUCGAUAUUCGAAUUUCUUGGAAAUAGAUCCGAGUUGGGAUUCGAUAUUCAAAUUUACUAGAUUCUGAUUGAAUAUAAUUUUCAAUAUAAUUUUUUAGACACUAAAAAACUACUUGUGCACUCCGAUUUGCUGUUGACUGGUUCAUGUUAGGAACCUGACCAACUUGGUGUUAGGCUUUAGGCACAUUAGUGUAGGUCGCAUUUGAACCCUAUCUUGGCUAUCAGUAAACUUAACCUCACAGUGUUAGUUGUUACUUGUAAUAGUAAUGCAGACAUAGGCUUGUGUGGAGGAUUAACACCGAGGUGUAUAAUAGGCUGGGCCUAUGUUUUAGACUACACAAAUUGGUAGUCCAUCACUUUUAGCGAGUAACUUAGGCCUAGGUGGUAUGCCUAACUUAUGCCCAAUUUUUUAGUUUCAAAACUUCAAAUAGGUAGGCCUAAAUUUUAUAACUUUUUUAUUUGGCCCAUUUCAAGAAUUUUUUUAAGCAAUUCCCUAAGUUAUUUCAGCCCCAGAAAAUGUGGUCUAAAAAUGUGAAAAUUGGUACUGCUGACUUUCCUCGGAUUUGGAUUCGACUCUGAACAUGUUUAAAUAUUCGGAUUCGAUAACAGCUUUAAAUUUCAGAUUCGGAUUCGAUCCAGGUUCGAUAAUGGCUGUAAAUUUGAGAUUCGGAUUCGACUCGGGAUUAAUUAAAACAUUCGGAUUCGAUCCGGAUUCGAUAAAAUCUGUACAGCUAUGAUUCGGAUUCGGAUUCGAACCAAAAUUUCUGGAUUCGCACAGCCCUGAAAAUAUUAAAUAACUCCCGUGAUCAUGUUGACAUCAACAUCAUCUUCGUCAUUAACAUUUUGUGGCAAAAUUCUGAUUAUCUACCAGAGUUGAGUAGACUUCAUCAUCGUCUUCGCUGUCCUGGAGACAUCAUCACAGUCAUCCACAAUCACGGCAAAAUUCUGAUCACCUACCGUGGCCAGACAUAAUAAUCGUCUCAUGCUGUUGUGUGGAUAACAUCAUCAUCUCCCACAGUCAUGGAAAAAUCCUGAAUACCUCACACCAUCAUGUCCUGCAUGGAGACAUUAAUGUAGACAUCAUUAUUGUUUCCUGCGGUCACGGAAAUGUCAUCGUCGUCUUGGCGCGAUCGUAGCAAUACUGGUAAUUUUCCAAUCGCACGAUCUUCACAGAAGUGUCUGUUAUCGGUAUUAGACUUUUUCGGUAUCUGAUAUCGACUUUUAGCGGUCGAUUCUCAAUCCCAAGUCAAGAAUAGGUCGAAUCGAGAAUCAACUUUUGUUAUCGACCCAUCCCUACUUUUAAAUUUAUUUUAACAUGAGACUUCUUUUCAAGAAUUCUGUUCUCUCUAAGGGUUAAAACGCUAAAUUUCUUUUAAUUUUAAUUAUUCAAUAACUGGUUUUAAAUAAAUAGACAUGUAUAAAAUAAAUUAUGAAUGCAUCACAAUAUUAAACUUAAAGUCAUUGUAUUUAUAGUUUUAAAACUGGAAACUUCACAAUCCUAACAUUCCAGAGCCUUAAAUUUCCUCAUUUAUUCCAAGAAUAACCCUUAAAAUUUCCUUUUAUUGACUGAAACAACAUGAUUGAAACCGUAAGCAACCAAAAAUGUACAUCCAUUAAACCACAUACCAAUUUUUUUUUACCAUUUCCUCCAAUAAAAUGAUUCAUAGACCUAGAUAUCACAAUUUUUAAAUAGAUGAUUUUAAAAAACAAGCUUUUCUUUGUUAUUAAGUGUGCUAUGCAGGUUAUGCUUAAGGUGACCGUUAAAAAAAUGUAAUUAGGCCUACAUUUAUUUUUCUAUAAAAUUGUGAAUAUGCCUUGUUAACCCCUUUAUUAGUGUUUUGUCUUAUAUUCUACUCAUCGUGUAUGUUUAAAGAUAAACUUAUAAUUUUUCUUAAGGGGUUUGUAAUUUGUCUAUUUAAACUGAAGGGCAUCAUUGCAAUAUUUUAGCUAGGGCAUUUAAGUAUUUAUUUAUUUACAAAAAAAAAAAAACUUGUUAGCUGCAAAGUUUGAAAUUUUUUAGUUUAAUUUGUGUCAAUCAAUACUAUUUCCUACUCUAUCUUAUUACCAAAUAAAGUCUUGUAAAAUGUAAAAAUGUAUAGGUAUUCUAGUCAUAAGAACUGUACAUGCCUGUAAAAAGUUACUAGUCAUUAUUUUUGUACAGCCAUGAGAUAGGUACUGAACUGAACCCAUUUAGGAAUAAAGAGUUUCUAAAGCCCUACUGUUUGCAUUUAAAUUAGCUCCACAGAUUUUGAGUUUAGGUGUAUAUUUUUAUUUGAAUUUGUUUAUAAAGCCAUUCAGGGAUAUUUAUUUAAAAAUCAAGAUAGGAGUGAAUUUUAAAACUAUCUGGUCCAUUCAAUCACCUAAUACACUCAAAACAUAGAUGCACAUGUAAAACAAAUCUAAACAUACAUACAUUUGAUGAUAUGAUUAAAUGUAAAUGGGAGUUUGUCUCGCAAUUAACACUGCCGUUUAGCCAAAAAUAUCUUAUUGUUCAUUUAAAGUUUUUUUCUUUUACUUUGUAAAACCACAAUUCAUAUUUUCCCUUACUUAAGAGAGAUACUCAAAUUAUUUGCACUUUUUUAUUCAUACUAUACACAUAUUACAUCUCUAAUUUAUAGAUGAGAGAGAAUCCUACGUGAGCAAGGCACAGUAGAAUUCCGAUCAUCAAGAUCGUUAACUAACUAUCCAAAUACCGCAUUGAGAAAAAAAAAAUAAAUCAGUUGAAACAAUAAGUUUAUCACUGUUUUUUCACAGUUUGCUGUUUAAUCAGUUACAUAUUUCAUUUUAAUAUGUACCAAUUGCGUCAAUCACGUGGUGACUCUAUUAUAGUAUAGGAUCAAUGGAUGGGCAAUGACUAAUGAGUCAUCUACUAGUCCCAAUUUGAUCCAGAUGAUCGGAGUUCUACUACGUUGAGCUCUCCUGCUCACUAAAAGUUAUAAGUGUUAAGCGGAUGUAAUUUAUUUUUGAGCUUACCCAUUUUAUUUAUGCAUGAAGAAUGUUUAUGCUUUAUCUUACUCGUAGGCUAUAGGCCAACUUUUCAGAAUAUUCAGAAUAUGCUCAAACAUGAACAGUUAAAUUUUUUGUAUUGAAUCUCAUAAAUUGUUGAAAGUAAAUAUUUCUUUUGCUAUUGUUGCAAACACAUUUUCUCCUGUAGAAUCUAGAGAUUUAACUAGUAAGAAGAGUUCUUAAUUAAGAAAUGUAGUGAGGAGGAGAGGAUGAAGACAUUUAAAAAAAUAUGUGUACAAACAUUUUUCAGACAUUUAAUUUAUCCAUCUUAGCUGAGCAUAACUGAUUGCACAAUUGAGAUUUUGUACUUCUAUAAAUACCUGCGUUCUUAAGUUAUAGAUUUUCAAGUCUUACUUAAUGUACUGAAAAAUUAUACACUAUGUAGCGAUAUAAAAUUGUAUUACAAUAUUUUUUAAUUCAUUUAAUGUGUUUAAUAAGGUUUUUUUAAAACAUGGUAGUGAUUUUCAUAGUAUUUUAGAUUUAUUGUGUCCUUGUGUUAGUUUUAAGGGUUUUAAUUGAAUUUUUGACUGUAUUAAUUUUAGUAUGUAUAAAAAAUACAUCUGGAUUAUAAUAAGUAAAGAGGUCCAAUAAUUGCCUAGUAAAAUAAAUGUUUAUCCCAAAGACAACUAGUUCUAAGUUAAGUACCAAUGCUUUAUUGUUAUUUUUUACAUAAAAAAAGCUUUGACAUAUUUUUGUAGUGUCUUUUUUGUUAAGUAAAACAAAAUGCAAUAUUUAUUUAAGCUGGCUACUCAAGAAAAACUAUUUAUCUACAACUUUAAUAUCCACUUAUUAUUUUUAAACAAUAUCACAAUAAUUGUUAUGUUAUUGUUAAUGGUUGUGUUAGCUGCCCAUUAUUGUAAUGAGGAAUGUUUCCUACUUAUAAAAGAACUUAUUUGAAUUUGACAUAAGCAUUGAUUUGAUUUUAUCCAUUUCACUUGUAUAUAGAUAUUAGCAACGUGUAUAUUUUUAUUUUAGUUUAACAGGGGUUUUAUUCCAAACACCUAUUAAAGGCCUGACACCUUGGAGCUGAUUUCUGUUGCUUACUUCUUGUGUAGUCCUACAAGCCUAUAUUAAAAAAAUAAAGGUUGACAGCAAACUAAAAGUUGCUAAAUGGAAUGUCUGGCGGGGUAUGUCUUGUCAUAUCUAAUUAAUUAAUUAUAUUUUUUUAUGUCAAGUUUUCUGAGUUUUUCCCCAUUAUUUGGAGUCUUUUGGUUUCAUAUAAGUAUUAAUACGACUACAAGUAAUGUCCAGUUUACUACCAAGUUUUAAGAGUAAAAUAUUUGGAAAAGUAUUAAGUGAAAUUUUCUCUACAGUAACUAUUUUCCACAAUUACUAGAAAAAUACCGGUAUGGAUCAUAAACAUAAACAAAUGACGUUGUUGGCCCGAAUCCUAUGCUAAUAGCAUUGAACAUAUGUUUUGGCUGUUCUAUUUAAGCAAUGUUAAAUAAUGUUUAUUUUUGGGCCAAAAACUUCAUUUGUUUAUGUUUAUGAUCCAUACCAGUAUUUUUCUAGUAAUCGUGCUAUUUUCUUAGUCUUCUGGUAACUACUUUUUCCUUCUGUCUGCUUAUAAUACAUACUUGCAAAAAGAUUAUUUCCUCAUACAAACUGUCCAAUUUUGAUGAAAUUUAGAUUUGAGUUGUUGACCAAUCAAAUCUAACGAUUGGAAAAGCAGGUAUUGAACUCAAGAAAUCUUUGUAUGCAAAAGUUGUAAUGAUACCAUUUAAAUCAGCAUUGAAAAUUUAAAAAUAUAUAUUUUAUUACAUUUUUACUUGAUACCACUUUUUCCAGGUCAUUAAAAGUGACAUGACAGGACGUUGUCUCCCAUAUUAUGAUAGUUAUAAAACUUAAUGUAACUGCAAUAUAAUGCUUAUUUAUGGAUGUCCCCUCAAAAAGGCGAAUUUCUUUAUUUAAUUUUAGGGUUUCUAUACACAAAACUAAUUUUGUAUCUCCCUCAAGCAAACCUAAAUAUUUUUUGAGAUUUUAUUUACUGUAUAUUGAUAAUGAAUCAAAUGUAGCCUAAAUUUAUUUUUACCCAUUUGAAUAAAGAUGCCAUUAAUAAACUGGAUAUGAAUUCAGUUUAUGGUUGUUGUGGCAAAAUAUUUAACACAUUUAAUAUUUGUGCCAACAAUAUUAAAUAUUGUACAUUAAAUUUUAAUGUCUAUUUAUGUGUUUAUUUUUUCAUCAAACUUAUGAGAAAAUCUAAAUUGCCUUGGUAGCCUAGUUUAUGUUUUAAUUAUGAUUUUUGCAAGUCUGAGGCUGUGAAAACAAUUUGAUUACUUUUUAAUCGAGUCUUAUCUUUUGUAAAUAAAUCUUUGAUCUUGA